AUGUCGCACUUCUUCCACAAGCCCGAGAACGCGCUGAAGCGCGCGCGCGAGCUCUUGGCGAUCCCUAACGUGGACGCGGGCGUGCUCAAGCGCACGAAACACUCGGCGCUCGAGAUCCUGCACGACGCCCUCAUCGCCAAGAAGAACCGCACAUGGCAACCGACCCAUGAAGAGCUCAUGAUCUUGUAUCUGGACAUCUGCGUGGAGCUCCAAAUGGGGCGCGUGGCAAAGGACGGACUCCACCAGUACCGCAACUUGUCCAUCCAGCACAAUCCCGCGUCGCUCGAGACGAUCAUCAAGCACUUUGUCCUCCAGGCGGAGCGCAAGCUCGCAGCUGCUAAGCAGCAGAGCAAUGAACUGAAUCUAUUGGCUGCUGCCAUGGUGGACUUGGAUGCUGCCCAGACGCCAGAGGACGUGAUGCUGUCCACGACGACAUUUGAGGGCUCGAACGACCGCACGGACCGUGAAGUCGUCGUCCCGUGGCUACGGUUCAUGUGGGAAACGUAUCGCACGGUGCUGGACAUACUUAAGAGCAACUCGAAGCUGGAGGUGCUGUACAAGGUGACAGCUAUGCAGACGUUUGACUUUUGUGUCGAGUACCAGCGCAAGAUUGAGUUCCGACGAGUGUGUGAAAUCAUGCGCAACCACAUGAGCGCCCUGCAGAAGCACGUGGCAACACCCACGAGCCAGUCGACGCGUCAGAUGCGUAGCUGGGACGGCUUUACGCUCGAAAGUGUGGAGCUUUUGCUUGAAGUGCGCUACCGUCAGCUUCAAGUUGCCACGGACCUCGAGCUCUUCUCGGAAGCUUUUCGCACUAUUGACGACAUUAACAACAUCAUAAAUUUGGUGGAGCAAACCCCGCGCGUCGAUCUGCUCGUCACGUACUACGAGAAACUCGCGCAAAUCUUUCAGGUGUCCAAGAACCAUUUGUUUCACGCUUAUGCCCUGUACAAGUGGUACUCACUACGGGUGGCUGGUCUUCCUGGACUGGGUGGCGCCCAGGCGCUGCGGAAGCUUCCGGUGCUUGUCUCGGAAGAAGUGCACAAAGAGAUCGCUACGCGUGUGGUACUCGCUGCUUUGUCAAUCCCGCUGCUGGACUUUGAAUCGGCCUCAUCCGUUUUGAGCAGCAACGAGCCUUGUUCGAUGACGCAGGUCGCUGACAAUUCGCUCUCUGCUGCUGCUCGUGACAAGAACUCACGGAUGGCUUCUCUACUGGGCUUUGCCACAACACCGACGCGUGCCAAUUUGCUUGAGGAUAUUGAAGCCGCUGGUUUGCUACCCAAGGCCUCGAAUGCAGCCAGCGAGAUCUUUCUACGUGUAGAGCUGCAGGAGGUGGACCCUCUGCAGAUUGUGAAGCAGCUCAAUCCAUUCUUGACGACCAUUCGCGCUGAUCCACUUGCAAAAUCCUAUGCCGAUGGAGUGGAGCGCCUCGUGGUUCGGCGCGUGCUAUUCCAGCUUACCCAUGUGUACGCUAGCGUGACCAUAGCCCACCUCCGCUCCAUCUUUGAUGGUCUUGACGUGUCUUACGAGGAGAUCGAGACGUUGAUUGCGCGAUCCCGAAGUUUGAGCACUGCUGCAUCCGCCAGUGCUCCCAGUUUAUCCAGCAUGUAUCGCCGCAAUGUCACCCAGCACGGCAGCAACAAUGCCGAGACUUCGUCGGCAGACGUUGUAUCGUCGGCACAGGCGCGUACUAAAAUUCGCAUCGAUCACGUGGAGCAGUGCAUUCGCUUCAGCGACGCGUUGGAUUUGGAGGCGAAUGCUGCCCAGCUUACUAUUCUGGGCGAACGUCUUUCACGUGCCAUGAGCAAAGUGCCUACUACCGCCUCGUCCACUAAAGCUGCUCGCCACGAAGAGAAGCGGAAGCUUUUUGCAGCCACUCGUGCCAGCUUGAACAAGCAGCACCAUGAGAUGGUGGCCCGUCGUGAGAUUAUCGAAAGGAAGAAAGAAGAGCUCGAGAAGCUGCAGCACGAGAAGUUGCAGUCUCUAGAACAAAAGCGCAUCGAGUUUGCGAAACGACGCACAGAGCUCGAGAGGGAGCGCCUGAGUCAGGAUGCCCGUCGUCGCGAGGCUGAGAAGAAGCAGAAGAUUCAGGAUGAGAUUAAGCUGAAGGAAACUCGUCAGAUGUUGGACAAGCUUGGCCACACUGACCUGACCGAUCUUGACCUGUCUAUGAUUGACACGGAAAAGGUACUAAACGAAGCCAAGGAAAAGGCUCGCAAGGCGAAAGAGCUUGCUCAACAAAAGCUGCGCGAAAAUGCUCGUCGUCUGGACUACAUUGUGCGUGCAACACGCGAGGAAGAGCAGCCUAUCUUGCAAGUCCAGGUUGCUGAGGCUAAGGCUGAGGCUCUGAAGCACUACGAGCAAGAAACGGCUGCCAAGCUAAAACGUGCCGAAGAAGAACAUGAACAUGGUUUGAAAGAGAAGGCCCGUCUGGCCGUGGCUUCCCGGGUGAGUUCUAAGUUUGUCGAGACUCACAAAGCCCGGCGGAUUGAACUGUACAAGAAGGCGUCUGAGGAGCAAAAGAAGAAGGCUAUGCUGGACCGUCUAAGCAUUCGCGUGGCACACGCAAAGGAGCGCUAUGAGGAGGAGCAGCGCCGGUUGCGUGAGGAAGAAGAAGAGAAGGAAAGCAUUCAUCGCGAGGAGGUGGCCGAACGUGAACGUCAGCGCCAACUGGAGGUUGAGGAAAAGCUGCGCCGUCAGGAAGAGGAAGAUGCCAAGAUGUUUCGUAUUGCUGAAGAAGAGGAGCGGAAGCAAAAGGAGCAGCGUGAAAGCGAGGAGGAGAAGAAACGAGUUGAGCAGCGCAGCCAGGGUCGUUUUGGUAGCGCUGGGGCCCGUGGACUAUCUGGAGGAUUCCGCGACUCGUACCGUAGCCGGGAUGAUGAUCACCGUGGCAGUGACAAGGGUGAUGGCGAGUGGACUCAGGUUACUCGUGGCGGCUCAUCUAGUCGUGCCCAAGUUGCAGCUCCCGAAGGUCGGUGGGAGCGCCACGGACCUUCUGCUAGCGAAAGCUUCGGUGAGCGCGAUAGACGUGAAGGUGGCAGUCUGCGUCGUCCGUUUGGCGGCGACCGUACUGAGAAUGAUGGUGGAUUGCGCCGAGUCUUCGGUGCCGAGCGCGAAGAGAGCAGUUCACGCUGGAGUGACCGUCGUGGCGGUGGCGACCGUGAUGGUGAAAGCUCGUUUCGUCGAGGCGGUGGCGACCGUGAUGGUGAAAGCUUGUUUCGUCGCGGCGGUGACGACCGCACUGAGAAUGAAGGUGGUUUCCGCCGGGCUUUUGGCGCUGAUCGUGAGGCGAGUGGUUCACGUUGGGGUGACCGCCACGGUGGUGGCGACCGUGAUGGCGGUGAAAGCUCCAUUCGUCGUGGUGGGGACCGUGAGGGAGAAAGCCUGGGGGGUCGUACCGGCGAAGGCGACGUCUCUGUCCGUUUCCAGCGUGACGGACCUUACCGCCCGCAACGUGCUGUAGACCGCGAGAGCUCGUCUCGUGAGUCCGCCCGUGCUCCUGAGUCUGGUCGCUGGAGGUAG